UACACCAGCCUUCUACCGUUAGCGCGCACAAUGCUUUGAGCUUCUACAUGCUAUGCGUGUUAUUAGUAUCAAUAUGGCGGCUCGGGUUGCAUGCAGCUCGGUUUUCAAGUCAAUACGGCUAGAUUUGGGUUUAGGCAGUAUCACAUAUUCACGGCCGCUACACGAGAAACGCACAAGUAUUCUAACCGCUAAACACUUGGAGUACUUCUUCUCCCUACCAUGGAAAACUCAGACAGUGAAACUGACGUGCCGGGUAAAGUGAGUGAACGUCAAACAGAUUCACCUGUAAAGAUUAAAGAGGAGCCCCCGGAUGAUAUAAAGGACUAUGCGGAGAAUACUAUGAAUGAGCUACUGGGUUGGUAUGGCUAUGACAAAGUGAACAGUGAGGACACUGAACAUCUCAAUCUCGAGCGCUACACAAGCAUCGACGACGUCCGCUCGCCAACGGACGGUGGAAGUCGAGACGACGACGAUAGUAUCCUCAGCGACGAGGACGACGACGACGACGACAGUCUCUCUGGGCGAAGCGACUUUUCCAGACUGAGUAGAAGUAACAGUGAGUCCAGUCUAGCUGCUCAACACCGAAAUCUGGUGUCUGCCCUGACGAAGAAGCACGGCCUUACAGGUGCUCCAGAUGGGACAUUGCCGAGCGGCUACAUCACGUGUGCAUGGUGUCAGAAACCCGGAAUAAAGCUUUUCACCUUAAAGACCUCCACCACAACCAAAGCCUUCUGUAGCGAGGUGUGCUUCACGCAGUGCCGGCGUGCAUCGUUCAAAAAGAACCGAAUUUGUGAUUGGUGCAAGCAUGUUCGUCACACUGUGAACUACGUUGACUUUCAAGAUGGCGAACAGCAACUUCAGUUCUGCAGUGCUAAAUGCUUAAAUCAAUACAAAAUGAAAAUAUUUUGUAAGGAAACACAGGAACAUUUACAACAAAUUCAGAGUCAAAGUGACAAUGUAUCUUCGUCUAAAAGUCCGGACAGACAGAUUCUGAUAACACCGGAUCUCUGGAUGAAGGAUUCGCCCUCUACAGAGGAAAAAAGUGAGAGCAAGCCAAAAGAGACGACACCUCACAGAGAUAAUCAAAUUGAAUCAUAUAGCAACAGAGGAAACCAGAGAGAAAAUCACCGUGAUGGUCACAGUCACAAGGAAAAAGUCGGUCACAUUCACAGAGACAGUCGACGUGAGGAGAGAGAAAAGACAAGGAAACACUCGACUAAGACGGAAUGGAGGAGUGACGUCCACAAGUCUCGCUCUCACAGUGAGAUAGACAGACCUCGGAGUAUGAUGGAUCGUUUGGUUCGUAAUCGACACCGGAGGUCGCCCUCCAAGGACUCUGCUGGUCUUGCAAGUCCACAGAUCCCAUCAUCGGACUCUUCCCCCACGGCGACAUCGACAGUACAGCCUAACGCUAUGUUAGCAAACGCUGCUGGAUACCCUUCGAUGCCAUUGAUUCCUCCGCACUUGUGGGGCGCUUUCGGUCCAGGCAUGCCUCCAAUGGGUCCUAUUCCGCCCUGGUUUUACGGAGGAUAUAUGCCUCCUGUUCCCGGAAUUUUGCCCGGGGGACAAAUCCCAAACACAGACGGUCUACUCCGUCCACCUAGCAGUAGGAUGUCUACACCUACACCAAGUAGACCGACCCUAUCUCCGGAUUCGUCGUCACCGUCGACAACACUAAACACAAACCUAGCUUCGGCCAAGCAAAGUGGUACAUCAGCGACCUUCGGUGGUACGAAAUGCGCCCAAAAGGCACCAGGCGCUACGUCUUUUCUGUCGGGAAUGGCGAACAUCUGGAAUGGCCCUGCGAUGCUAGGGUUCGAUCCGAGUUUAGGCGGGGCAGGGUACAGACAGGGAUCUCAAUAUCUAGGUGGUAUGCCUCCAGUGACUAUGAUCAUGCCCGUACCGUUCCCCAUGCCAGUGCCCUUCCCGGUACCGCUACCUCUACCGUUAAAGAUGGAACAAAUCAUGGAAGUGUAUAAUAAGAAACUGGAACAAACUAAAAAUGAAAAAAAGGAAGAACCUGUUUCCCAACGCAAACAAACUGAUGAGGCUCUAAUCGAGUCUCAAAGGAACCACAGAAUUAAGGUAGAAUUAAGUGAUUCUAGUGACACAGACAUUUUAAAGAAACAUGAUAAAACGUCACUUCCUUGUGUUUCAUAUUCAGAGAGAGCAAGCAGUGUCACAUCUUGCCCGGAUCUUUCCGACAUUCACUCUACAGCGCAUGAUCUAUCAACCCGGAAGCGACCUUUGACACCACGCCUUGAUGGAUCGUUAGAUCUUAGUAAGAGACCGAGGUCCGAGGCGAAUACUACUCCGGACUCCUAUGACGGUGCGAUUGACUUAUCAAUGGACAGUUCCAUGACAAGGUACAAAAUGUCUCCGGGCAAGGAAAAUCGAGAAGCAAACGAGUCUGACAUUUCUCAGGAUGGCGAGGAACGAGACAUUUCAAACGGUGAAUUAGGUUUGAAAAUUCCUAGGAUUCAUAUCAUUACACCGAGAAGUGAACCGCCUCUUAACCAGCAGCUUCCGCUUCCGCCAUCAGAGCACAAAUAUUCAAACAGAAGGGGACUUAUUCUUGAUGCCCCGUCUACUCCAAAUCGUCCUAGAAGUCCCUCUCCUGAAAGGAGGAGUUAUGUUCGAUCGGUACCACGUGAUGUGAUGGAGGCCGCCAGGCGGCGCUGUCUUCGUGCUAGGAUUCGCACAAAGUAAUGGCGUUUAGAGAGCAUGGUCAUGUGCAAUGCAACUGUUUCCUUUCCUUGAAGAAAGUACUUUAAAAAAUAAGGUGUUAAAUACCGGUAACCUCUUAUUAUUGUACUCUGAGCAAAUUAUUAAAAUGUGCUGUAGGCCUGUAUGAACCGUUUUUCUCUGAAAUGAUGUACAACUUUGAUGAAAGACAUUGUUUCUUUGGUCCAUACAUAACCAGGCCUCUCGCAUUUUCAAGUGUUAUUUGUCAGAUUUGUCUUACACAAACAUAUAUCGGGGGAAAGAGACCUUGCGAGUGUUGAUUGUAUCUGAUAUGAAAGCAAUUGUGCAGUGGUUUUAUCAGUGCAUUUGAAAGAUUGAGCUUAACGGAACGUUAUUUUUAUGAUGCAAGGGAACUAACUCUAUCUUUGAUGCCGAUAGCAGUGUCAUUCAGAUCAAUCAGCUUUUGUUGUACAUACGUUAAUGCUUCGAAUUAGUUUUCAAUCAUGAUAUUGUAUUUCAAUAAAUCGGUAAAGUUCUUUUCCAAACAAAAAAGAAUAAAUAAGCUGGUUUUACUAGUUAAGGAACCUAUGGUCAAUGAGAAAAGUAUCUGUACUGAUUCAACCAUUGAUUGGUACAUGUAUGAGCGAUGCACAUAAAACCGCUAUUGGGACAUUUUCUUUGUAAUUAGCUGUUACGUUUUUUCUUCGUUAACAAAGUGCUAAUAUGAUUGUACUUUAAUUUAUUUUGUUGUGUUUGUAUGUGGUAUCUUGUUAUAUAACCUCCUAGGCACGUGUAACGAUAAGAAUAACUUGUUUAGUAGAUUAUUUUCAACAGGAAUUAUAACAUUAUUUUAAUGAACUUCAAAAAUAUAUAAAGUAUCGGAAUCGAAUCCAUAGCAUAUGUUGCUUUGCUACUCAUUUUCAUCAUCCUGGCCAGGUGUUUCAUGCGAAUUAGACAUUUCCAAAUCAAUCCUUUUUUUUAAACAAAAUAUUUACAAAUUAAUCCUUUUUGGAAACAAAAUAUUUAAACAUAAUAUACAUCGGUGGUCUAUGCCUAUUUCGGUGCCUAUUUAUGUGAAUCGAAAGAAGUCUGAUCAAGCAGGGAUCGUGUAGACAACUGCCUCUGUUAAUUAUACUAUAACUCUUCAAGUGUGAACGAAUUAAUGAUGACGUGGAUAAACUAUUUCCCAUCUGCUUGUGUGCAAUGGUGUGUGCACAUAUACUGAUGGAGUGCGCAGUAGUAUUGCCCAUCUGAUUCCUAAGAUCCUGUAUUUUCUUUGUAUAUGCGUGUACAAAUGUACUACUGUAUAACGUUGCUGUACCCAAAUUGGGACACUUACUGGAAACAAAUCAUUCAGAAAUGAUCGUGCAAUAAAAACUGGUAAGAUGGAGUGAUAUUGUACAGUAGUAUGGAGUAGUAUUGUACAGUAAUAUGGCGUAGUAUUGUACAGUAGUAUGGAGUAGUAUUGUAUUACGGAGUAGUAUUGUACAGUAGUAUGGAGUAGUAUUGUACAGUAGUAUGGCGUAGUAUUGUACAGUAGUAUGGAGUAGUAUUGUAUUACGGAGUAGUAUUGUACAGUA